AUGUCAUGGCACCCCCAGUACCGGAGCUCCAAGUUCCGCCACGUCUUUGGCAAACCAGCCAGCAAGGAGAACUGCUAUGACUCAGUGCCCAUCACCCGCAGCGUUCACGACAAUCACUUCUGUGCCGUGAACCCCCACUUCAUUGCAGUUGUGACUGAGUGUGCUGGCGGGGGGGCCUUCCUCGUCAUCCCCCUGCACCAGACAGGAAAGUUGGACCCCCACUACCCAAAGGUCUGCGGGCACAGAGGGAACGUCUUAGAUGUCAAGUGGAACCCCUUUGAUGAUUUUGAGAUUGCAUCCUGUUCUGAAGACACCACGAUUAAGAUCUGGGGCAUCCCCAAGCAACUACUGGCAAAGAACCUCACAGCCUACAGGAAGGAGCUGCUGGGCCACUCACGCAGAGUGGGCCUGGUAGAAUGGCACCCCACAGCUGCCAACAUCCUCUUCAGCUGCGGCUAUGACUACAAGGUGAUGGUCUGGAACCUGGAUACAAAGGAGUCUGUCAUCGUUAGCCCCGUGAGGACCAUUACCUGUCACCAAGAUGUGAUCCUCUCCAUGUCCUUCAACACCAAUGGAAGCCUGCUGGCCACCACCUGUAAAGACCGCAAGAUUCGGAUUCUUGACCCCCGAGCAGGGAAUGUCCUACAGGAAGCCAGCUACAAGGGACACCGGGCCAACAAGGUGCUGUUUCUCGGGAACCUGAGUAAGCUGCUGUCCACGGGCACAUCCCGAUGGAACAACCGGCAGAUGGCCCUGUGGGACCAGGAUGACCUCUCUGUACCUCUCACAGAGGAGGACCUGGACGGCUCCUCAGGAGUGCUGUUUCCCUUCUACGAUGCAGACACCAACAUGCUCUACUUGGUGGGGAAGGGAGAUGGCAACAUCCGCUACUACGAGGUGAACACCGACAAGCCUUACCUGAGCUACCUGACUGAGUACCGCUCCUAUAACCCACAGAAGGGGAUCGGUGUGAUGCCAAAGAGAGGCCUCGAUGUGUCCUCCUGUGAGAUCUUCCGCUUCUACAAGCUAAUCACAACCAAAAGCCUCGUCGAACCCAUAUCCAUGAUUGUGCCCCGGCGGUCGGAAUCCUACCAAGAAGACAUCUACCCUCCAACAGCGGGGGCCCUGCCGUCUCUGACGGCCCAGGAGUGGCUCAAUGGGAUGAACAGAGGGCCAGUCCUGGUGUCCCUGAGGCCUGGCUCUGAGCUGCUGAGCCCCCGGCCACCACUUCUAGAUAGACCAGUCUUCAACUCUAUGGGCCUGGCCUCACAGGCCUCUCACCAGGCAGAAAACCAGGCUGCAGAGGAUGGCUGGAGGCCUCCCUCUCUGCUGCAGGAGAAGGUACCAAUGUGGUCAGCAGAAUACAGGCUGGAGAAGAAAUCCUGGCUCACAAAUGGCUUUGACAUUUUCGAAUGCCCCCCACCAAAGACAGAGAAUGAGCUGCUGCAGAUGUUCUACCGGCAACAGGAGGAGAUCCGAAGGCUCCGGGACCUGGUGACCCAGAGAGAGGUCCAGGCCAAACAGUUGGAACUGGAGAUCAAAAACUUGCGGAUGGGUUCAGAGCAGCUCUGAGCAGA